AUGUACAUCGGCUCCACCCCGAACCCAGCCCGACGCCUGAAACAACACAAUGGAAGUACAAUUGGAGGUGCAAAACGCACCAAAACGCAGGGUCUGCGCCCAUGGCACAUGGUAGCCAUCGUGGAAGGCUUUCCUAGCCGCAAGGGCGCUCUGCAGUUUGAGUGGUCAUGGCAGAACGUGCAUAUGUCCCGACAUAUUGAUAUCGUUGAAAGCGAUGUCCUCGAUCGACGUCCCAAACAGAACCCUACAAGGCCUAAAAACAAGAAACGUGGAAUGGCUAAAUCCCUACCAAAAAUCCUAGGCCACUUACAUCAGUUGCUACGUUCAAGCUACUUCGCGACAUGGCCAUUGGCCGUACGUUUUUUAUCUCCCGACGUUUACACUCAAUGGCAAUGCUGGUCCGAUCGCGUGGAUGGCCUGCUGCCGGAUAAUAUGCAGGUGAAGCUGGAUUUUCAUACUCAAGGCACUAGCAUCGUGAACCACACUCUUCCAGCAAAUGACAUGACUCAUAUCGAUGCCUCCUACAAUGGAAUAAAGGAACAUUUGGAAAAGGCAUUGUUUCUACUCGAUGAUUCCGAUAUUGUUCUAUGCGAGGUAUGUAAAAAACAGUUAUCGAUACAGAGCGAUGCCAUCGUGGUUUGUUCGCAAAAUAAGUGCCGGGCUGCGUCGCAUCUGAUGUGCCUGUCUCAACUAUUUCUCGACCAAGAAAGCAGUUCUCAGCUGGUGCCAAGGUCUGGCGACUGUCCAGCCUGCCAUGGCGAGAACACAUGGGUCGACCUGGUGAAAGAGCUAACCUUUCGGCUUCGAGGCGGAGAAGCCAUCAACCGCUUAUUGCGAAAGAAGCGCACACGAAAAGCAAAAACCGAAGGAAAUAGAAAGCCCACAGUGGGCGAAGAUAUGGGAAAUACUGAUGACGAUGAUGAUCUAUUACUUAGCCAAGAUGGCAAUGCUGCUGACGACGACGAUUUUGACGAAACCUGGAUCGAUAAUGUAGAUAUCGGCUCUGACGCAGAAUCCGUACAUCAUAAAACUGCAAAACCGAAAGAAAAGACAAAACCACGUGUUGAAAUCGUCAUCGAAGAUAGCGAGGCAGAGGAAUUUGACAGUUUUGAUUGA